AUGUUAACGAGAAAUCGUGGCAAAUCAAAGUCUGUUGUGGAGAUGUUGGGAUUGACGAAACGAAGCAAAAGGCGUUCCAAUCUUCCUUCAUCUUCAACUAAUCAAAAGAACAAUGCUGCUAAGACAAUUACGAAGAUCGCUCGAAGAGAUACGCUUGCUAAGCGGCGUAAAAUAGAGCUAAGUUCGGACAAAUCGGUGACUGAAGGCACUGAAGACACAAUUCCAUGUAGAAUCUCUUCGACCUCUCACCAACUUAACGUUUUGCCACAAGCAGAUUGUCUUCCAGCCUCUAAUCAAGAGAACAAUGUUACUAAGACAACAACGAGGAUUGCUCGAAGAAAUAUGUUUAUUAGGAAGCGAAAAAUGGAGCUAAGUUCGGACCAGUCGGUGACGGAAGGCACUGAAGAUACAAUUCCAUGUAGAAUCUCUUCGACCUCUCACCAACUUGACGUUCUGCCACAAGCGGAUCGCCUUCCAGACGCUAAUAAUAAUGCUUACAAAUUAACGGAUAAAGCCACACAACGUAUGCUACGUGAAAUCAAUUCAACGGGAAGGCUUUUCAUUUCAAGAGGAAAGUAUAAGCAGCAUAUUGCUAAUGUUGGUGGCCUAAAGAAGUCCAACGAUUCAGAAUUUCUUCUUAAGGAUCCGUUGCAGGCAGAGUUAUUUGCCAAAGUAGACGGUGCCCUAUCAGAGGUUAAUGAAGAUCUUGAUAAGAAAGAUGCUUUUCUUGCUUCGCAAGGUUUACUUCGACCUAAUAUGAGUUCAAUCCUGCGAAUAAGACGACAAACUCUAGCUAUGGCAAAGGAUCCCAGGCAUACUAAGAGUUAUCUUAGACCAAAUCCUAGAAGAACUCGCUAUGCUAGCGCAGCUACUACUUCAAGGAGGAGGACUGGCGUUGAUCGAAAUGCUCGCAUUGCAGCAAAGAAGCUUGCUCAUGCCAAAUCCCAAGCUGCUGCCUCGCAAGUUUUCCAUAAAUAUGGUAACGAUAAUAAAACUACAGAAACUAGACGCGGCCGCCCAAGAAAAUCUCAAGCUCAGAAUUCGACUAAUCCCACUACUAUGUCGGCCACCGUCACUAUCCAGACACGACACAGACAGUUUGGAAACAUUAGUAAACAUAUUGAUUGGAAAUACUGCUACUCUACUACUGAAAAAAUUGCGAGAUCAACCCGGACUGAGACUGUCGCUAGCCGAAAACGCCGAGCUCAGACAGCUCAGGCUCAUUUGGAUGAAAGCGGGAUAGGCGUUAAUGGUCAUAAUAAAAUGGGAGAGCUAACUGAGACUCAAGAAGAGCGGAAUGAUUUGGAAGAACCUCAUCCCAAAGUUGAUCUUGAUGAUAGCGAGCCAGAAAGGCAAUCGGAUACCAAAAGAAAAGUGACUUCUCGUUCUAAAAAUCCUAUUUCUGGAAUUUAUGCCAGAUCUGCUGGACGACCUUCUCAGAGACAAUUAGACAGCAAAUUUGUUCGAAGAAGAGGAGCUUUUGCGACCCCCAGAUUAUCAGGGGCAUCCGGUGAACCGGAACCACCACGUGCAAGAAAUGUAUAUCGAGCUGACAAUCCUCAACUGAGUGUGCUAGAGCGACUUGUCUUGGGUUUUGUGGAUUGUCGUGUGACAGUAGAUGAUAAAGCUGGUUUAGUUACAGUUAGGGGUGUAAACGAUAAGGACAUGAAAAUGCUCCUCCUGCGUAUAGAAGACGCUCAUUUCACAAUUCAAAACGUGUCUGUAUAUAAUGAAAAUAGAGAGAAAAAAUGCAAUGUCAUCUUAUCCCCUCCUUCAUCGAAACCUUCAGUAGCACCAGCGGCUGAAUCGAAAUCAAUGGAGAAAUCAGCUCAAUCUCAAAAGCAAUCAGAUUCUUCGUUGGAAAAUGGAAAUCAACAAGACGUUCGAGAAGUGGAGGCGAGUGAAGACAUAUCAUUCUCUGGUGAUGAAGUAGAUUGGAAUACUGACUACAGGCGCAGGACCACGCAACAACACCACCAACGUCCCUCUCAUUUGGAACGAUUUCGAACACCAAGAUUCAAUCGAAUACGGUCUCCCAGAUUAUCACAUCCUCUAAACUCUUCAACUAACCGUCAGUCCGGAGGCACAGAAGAGGAAGGAGGUGUUGAAAGCACGACGAUUCACCCACCUCUCCCUCCUUUCCGACGACAUCGGAAGUUUGUACGAAAAGUGUAUACUGGAACUUCCACAGUACCUAAGAUUCUUAAUCGUCGACCUCUUGUCAAUCGAACUCAAGCUCCCACUAACAGUGUUACUAGUGGUCCUAUUCCCCAACCUCAAAUUCACUCCGCCCCUUCCUUCAGUAAUCAACCAGUUGCCAUGCAUUUAGACGUGCAAGCAGCCCCGGUCUCUGUUGCUGAAAAUACCGUUCCUAGUUCUAUGUCACCUGUGACUGAUAACGGGACUUGUGUUGCUUCAACUGAGUCAACUAAUGUGAUGAAUGCGUCGAGCGCUCCAAGUCCUCAAGUUUCAGAAAAUCCCGAGUCAUUGCAUUCUUCAGGUGAACUGUUCAAUCCUGCUAGUGCCAUGAGUGCCAGUCAACUGCUGCGACUCAAGAGAAACCAAGAUGAAAAUCAACAUCAGCAGGGACGUCCACCAUUAACUACAUCGUUAACCUCCGUUGCUGUAACAUCUUCUCAUUCAUCCACGUCAGUCGCUAUGGCUACCUCAAUAGUGCAGGUGUCCCCUUCUGUUCAACAGCAACAGCCAUCUUUUCCAAAUCCUCAAUUUAGAAGCCAUCGUAAGGUAGAUCCAACUCAAGGGCUUAGAGUCGAAUCAGGGGGACCAGCUAAUCAUAAUAUUGACUUAGAUGACGGGAUGGAUUUUGAGCUCAGUACCACGAGUCUCCCUCCUCAACUACCACCCCCUCAGCUUCCAGUAUCGGUGACACCUCCUACUUCUGCUCAUCCUCUUCAAACCGUGACCGUCUUUACCCCUUCUACUCAAACUAUCACUCCUCACCCACCAGCUUUCUUUUCGCCACCAGGUUUUAUUCCAAGUAUACGCUCAGCUAUCGUAUCCGUUGUCAGACCGUUAACUCCUGUUGUUCCUUCUAGAGGUGCUACUCCAAUGAUAAGCAAAACAACGACUGAUGGAAGUUUUCUCACAGGGCGCCCUUUGAUUACAAAAUCAGUUCCUAUGCGGGAUACUUCUCCGCCUUCUUCAUCUACUAGCGUUAGCUCUGAAAGUAGGCGUCCAGUAGUCCACAAAUGUCACUCCAUUCGCAGGCUCUCACCAAAGAGUUCACUCAACCCUGAAAAUAAUGGUGUAGCACCAUCUUCAGCGGUGACUGCUAGGCCCUCGGCAAAUUCACAGUUAUUGAAAUCUCUCCUUCAAAAUGGUGCUGGAAGCACAAGUUCUCUUCUCUCCCCUUCCUCCACACAAUUGCAGGGCCGUUCUAACUCUGUGUCCGCUACUUCGAGAGGACUUCCGACAGUAUCUCAAGCAAUUCCUUCACCAGUUGGACCCGCACAUCAAAGUCGAGGGACUUGGCAGUUGGGAGGAAGAGCCAUAGUUGUAGGAGCCUCCGUCAUCAAACCCACUACUUCCCCUCUUAAUAGUACUUCUCUAUCCACCUCUCAACCUACUGCUGCAGGUGGUAUUGCUCCUCAGGAUUCAAAUGAAUCUGCCCAGUUCUACUAA